AUGAAUAUUUUAAGAGAGAGAUAACUAAAUAACAGGUAACAAAUUAACAGCUACAACCCUUAGUAUGAAAUAUUUUAGAGAAAUUUCUAAUACUAGCAAGAGAAUAUCUUCCCCUCCACACAUAGCAACAGGCAUUUCAAUGAUUAAAACUAAUUCAAAGUGAGUAAUAAUACAUCUUUCAAAUUCUUUUCUGAGUAAAAAUUGUAAAGAGAUGCAAUUUAGGCAGAAAUAGAAAAAUAGAAAAGGUUCUGUUAUUCCGAAUAGCUACCUAGAAUUAAUGUAUACGACGAAAACAAUGAUAGUGUUAAGUUUUCCCAUAUUAAACAUCAAGAAAAGGUAUAAAAACAACUGAAUUCUAGCAUUAGUAGCAUUCAAAAUAAUGAUUUGAGCUAACAAAAAGGUACUUUUGAUAAAAAUAGCUCAGCUAAUACCAGUAUGUCUAGCAGUCUUAGCUAAAAUCUUAAUAAAGGUCCUUUAAAAAGCAUUAUGAAAAACAAUAAAAAUUAUUUGAACAGCCUAGAAGAAAGGUCUUAAAGUGACUCAAACUCCAAUAGUCCAGACCAAUAUUCAUAUUCUUCAAAUAAUACUGAAGAUUUUAUCAGGCAUCAUCCUGAAUUUUACAAAGGAACCUUCAAAAGAUAGAUUUGGGAGAUAACUAAAGUAAUUGUGCUUAUAGUUUCUGUAUUGAUAGCAUUCAUUUACCUAUGUUCAAGUAUUUACAAAGCUUACACUUUCUAUGGUAACAUUGAAGAAAGAAAUUAAAGAAUUAAAGAAUUAUAUAUGAAAAAUGAAUUUUUUGCUCCUUAAACUAAUGAAUAAAAUUCUUAAAAUGGUAAUAUCUACUUUUAAACUAUGCAAGAAAUCGAAUCUGAGUUAAUAUAUAAGAAAGCAAGUAAGCUUUAUGAUAGAAUCUUAACUCAAAUAUAGCAAGAAAAAAAAAUGCUCAGAAAUAUUUUAGUUUCAGACAUUCUUAAUGAUCACCCAAAGGAUUUUAGCGAAAUAUUUGAACAACUACAAAAAAUUAGAUAGCAAAAGGAUUAAAUAGUAGAGCUAAUUCAAGACAAUGGGUUAUAUAUGUGGAUUUUAAAAUGA